AUGGCGUUCUCGCCGUUGUCCUGCUGGGCGAUGAUCUUGGUUGUCGUCCUUGCCUCUGGUUUCGACGUGGCCCUCUCACACAGCGAUGUUGGUGGCCCGAGUUUCAGCUACAAUACGAUGAGCUUCGACGGCCCGGAGAACUGGGGCAAGCUGAGCCCCGCCUACAAGGAGUGCGGCGAGGGCAAGGCGCAGUCGCCCAUCGACAUUGUCACCGCCAACGCUGUCCCCAACCCGAGCCUCGACAACCUUACCCGCGUCUACGCCCCCACCGUCGCCACCCUCAACAACAACGGCAAGGACAUCAGCAUGACCUUCCAAGACCAUGACGGCCACUCCGUCGCUCCGGGCACCAUCCUAGUCUGCAACCCCGACGGGUCCAUGAAGGCUUUCGGGUUCAAGAUGAUCCACUGGCACUCGCCGUCAGAGCACACCAUCGAUGGCCAGCGCUUUCCCUUGGAGCUCCACCUGGUGCACGCCAGCGAGGACGGCCACCUCGCCGUCAUCGGCAUCCUCUACAAGAUCGGGGACCACGACGCCUUCUACGACCAGCUGGAGGACAAGCUUCGGGAGCUCAAGACGGAGCACCAUGUGGCGGCGGGGAUGGUGGAGCUCAAAUCGCUGCAGAAGCGGACGGGGAGCUACUUCCGGUACAUGGGGUCGCUCACCACGCCGCCGUGCACGGAGAACGUGAUCUGGAACAUCCUCGGUAAGGUCAGGGAGAUCAGCGCCGAGCAGCUGCAGCUGCUCACGGCGCCACUGCCGCACAAGGACAACCGGCCGGCCCAGCCGCUGAAUGGCCGCACCGUCCAGUUCUACAGCCCGCCAAACAGCACUGUCUCCUUCCAAAACAUCUCACAGUAG